AUAACUUCAACCUCCAUUGCAAAAAUAGAGUGAAAGAAAGAAAAGGCGAAAAACAAAAAUAUGAAAACAAGCAAAGAGUUUUGGUUUUGUUUGUAUGAUUGGGCGAAAUCUUAUAAUGAUCAAAAUCAAAAUGUAAAAUUUUAAAGCUUUCCGUUAGUUGGCAGCCAAAACAAAUCUCAACUGUUCGUUUCAACGGUCUCUUCCUUUCCCGGACAAAAGUAGUUUCCGUUUUCUCUUUUGUCUUCUUCUUCUUCUUCUUCAUUAUCAUCGUUUUAUCUCAAUUCACCUAAGCUUACCUCAUUGAAUUGGGGAUGGGAUUCUCAGCUUCGUAUUGCAAGGUUAGGAACUACUUUAUACAUCAAUUAAGGCUUUCUGGUAUUCAUCCAGUUCUGAACCUUAUGGUAUCCUAGAGCAUUUGUUGUGGAAAUGGCUACAAAUGGUACUUCACUUCCCAAUGUACAAAAGAAUUUGAAGGGGUUUACAACAGUCCUAAAGUCUGCUGCUUGUGAAUGGUUUCUGAUCUUUCUGCUGUUUAUUGAUGCUGCCUUAUCAUACCUGCUGACUAGAUUUGCACAUUACUGUGAAUUGAAAAUACCUUGCAUUUUAUGCUCUAGGCUUGAUCAUGUUUUCGGAAACGAAAAACCUGGAUUUUAUUGGAAUCUACUUUGCAGCAAUCAUAGAUCAGAGAUUUCGUCAUUGAUUUCCUGCAACAUUCAUGGCAAGCUUGUUGAUGGCCAUGGUAUGUGCGAGCAUUGUCUCACAUCACAUGUUGAGGAGAACAAAUCCAAUUCAGAUAUGCAGAGGCUUCUUUUAAGAAAAUUGGGGUUUGAGCCUGCAGGUUUUGAAAAUUGCGGUUCCCAGAGCUCAUUUUUCAACAGGGAUCUAACUGCUGCUUCUAAAUGCACAAGGUUGUGUCUAUGCUGUAAUAAACCUUGGAUUACAAGACCAAAUGCCCAUAAUUUUCUUCCCCUAAAAUCACCUGGCAUUGUGGUUGCGAAGCCAAACAUUCCUGUGCCACAUCACUUAAGCUGUCAAAAUGGCUUGAAGAAGAUAAGGGAUGAAUUUUCUCCACCAGCAGCAUCUCAUCUUCUUGGAAAAACUGGAUUUGAUCCCUUGUCUCACGUAGGAUAUACAAAGCUGAAGGUCACUUCUGAAUCAGAGUCUGAGGUUCCAUAUUCUGAUGAUGAGCAUGACAAUAGUAUAGUUCAUGAUAUGAAUGAGAAUAAAAAAGAAUCUAUAGUUCAUGCUGCUCCUGAAGCUCCAUCUAAAAGACUGUUCAACAAGUUGGCUACAACAAAACAGCCUGAUGCUAGUGAAACCUGUGAUGCUAAAUGUUUGGCUCCUUAUCUCCCCAGUGAGAAUGAUGUCUGUGAGCGUAAAGGGCAGCUGGCUGAUCUGAAAACCAAUCCUUCUGUACUGCCUGAGCUUGUUUCUCUAGAUGAUAUUCCUCCAUCAUCCAGUGUUGUUGAAGUUUCAAGCUUCAGUGCUUCAUUACUCUCUGAUCUUAUUUCUCUGGUUGAUACUCCCCCUUCAGUUGACGUUAAGGAUGUUCCUCUUGAACCGUUGUCAGAAAAGUUGGCAGAUGUUUCUGAAGAAAGUAAAAGUGAAAAUAUUUCUAUUACCAAGAAUGAUGAAAUCUCAAAGUUGAUAAGCACAUCAACUGCAGCUGGUUUCAAAACUGAUCAAGUUGAAGAUGAUCCUGCCGUGGUAAAUUCAACUGAUGGGGAUCUGAGUGCUGAGCAUAAGUUACCAGUCUGUGGCGAAGAAAAAAACACUUCUGGUUGUGUUACAAAACAACCUAUGCUGGCAUACGAUAAUGGAGUUAAUGAAUUUCUUAACUCAUUGCCGGUGCAGAAUUCUUUUGGACAAGGGAUUCUUUUAUCACCUAACAAUUUAAGUCCUAAGUUACGAGGUCAUAGCACUGAAUUGCCGAGAACUAAUGAAUCCAAUUCUGGUGAGGUUCAGAAUCUUCAGAACCUAGUCUUUAUGGAAAGAAGUGAAUCUACUGGCCUCGAAUCUUUGGAUGGAAGCAGCGUUGAUGAAAUUGAAGGUGAAAAUCUAGUUGAUAGGCUGAAGCAGCAAGUUGAGUAUGAUCAGAAGUGCAUGAAUGCAUUAUAUAAGGAAUUAGAGGAAGAAAGAAGUGCUUCUGCAAUUGCUGCAAAUCAGGCAAUGGCUAUGAUUACAAGGUUGCAAGAAGAGAAGGCUGCCCUCCACAUGGAGGCCCUGCAGUACCUAAGGAUGAUGGAAGAGCAGGCAGAAUACGAUGUAGAUGCCUUGGAGAAAGCUAAUGAUCUUCUGGCAGAAAAGGAGAAAGAACUACAAGAUCUGGAAGCAGAGCUUGAAUAUUACAGAUUAAACUUCCCAGAUGAAAUACUGGUAGAGACUGUACCUGAUGCAAGCAUCAUAUUAAAGAAGGAAUAUGUUUCUGUGAAGAACACUAGCACAUCCUCCAUAAAAGAUGAUAUAAAUUUUCCCUCGAAAACAAUGUUUCCUGAGGCUUCUGAAGUCAACGAUAAUCCUGUAAUCAUAUCUGCAUGGUCGGAAAUUGAAGGUGAGAAGUUGUAUAUCUCUCAAUGUCUGCAAAAUUUGGAGAGGGAGCUUAACAGGCUUGCUCAUCAUGGGACUUCGCCAUACAUUUCUGAUGGUGAAUACUUUGAUGAAGCAGCAGAUGGAGGCCAACAUCAGCUAGACUUCCUUGAUAAAAGGGAUAAACAAGUAAUGUGUCAGGUGGAAGGUAAUGAUUUGUCUGUACAGAAAGCUUCAUCAAUGUCUAAUGGAAGUGCUCCUUCUCAGGAAAGGUUGAGUACUUCAAUAAGCAGAGAUCAAGUGAUAAGUAAGGCAAACGGUCAUAUGGUUUCCAAUGAGCAGAAGGGUUCUGUGGAUUGUAGAGAAACUGGUUUGGCUGCUCUUGAAAGUGAAAUUUCAGACCUUAAUGAAAGGUUGGAAGCACUUGAGGCUGAUUGUAAUUUUCUUGAGCAUUCUCUAUAUUCUCUUCAGAAUGGUAGUGAGGGGCUGCUUUUUAUUCAAGAGAUACUUUAUCAGUUACGAGAAUUAAGGAAACUUGGGAUAAGGAGUAGGAACGUGUCUGUUUCAUGAGCUUUAUGUGUAUCAUUACAAAGGUAAGCAUGUUAAAGAUAUAGGUCCGAUUAAAAUCAAUCCUUUUAUAUGAGAUAUUAACAUAUAAAUGUUUCUCCCAAAAAAUAGUCUUCUCUUGGAGGAGCUUCUGCACACCCAGUAUAAACUUGUCUGCAUGUCUUGAUUGACAUUUGCUGGAAAUUUCUAUUAUGUCUCUCAAUGAAUUAACUAUGCUGCAUGUGUGUUUAGUUUCAUGUAAAUUGCUAUCAGCUCAAGCUGAUCGUUUAUUUUUGCUUCUGUAAAAUCAAGCGCCAUAUGGUCGUGAAUCAGCAUAAAUAAUCAGGUUAAGAAAGAAUAAUGCCAAAUAUGUGGAAUUUGAUUAUUGCAGGAUUGAGAAUAGAAGAUAGGAAGCAGUUUAAAUAGGUAUCUGACAGAUGACUAGAAGUGACUCCCUCUAUAUCCGAUUUACCAUCUGUAAGAAAGUAGGGUACUAGGAUUUGUAUUAUCAUGUCUGAAUGUGCAUCAGAUGUUCACAAUAUUUUCCAAGUCUGUUUUGACUUCAGAGAUUCUGCAAGUGAUUAUGUAACAAAAAUGAAGUUACUAGCAUUGAUCACAUUACUCCUCCCUCAAGUUGUUGAAUUCUUUAAUGACAGUUUCAUGCCUUGACUCUAUUUUAGUUUACCCUGUAUUUUUUUGGCAUUUAUCAAAAUUUCUCUGUGACAUCCUAAAGCUUUAGUCCUGUACUCAUCAUUCCGUGUAUAUAUAUAUUUCAUAUACAUCCUAUUACCAGAUUGAGCCAGAUUGAGGGUAACAAGCCGGAAGCCAAAGCAAAGUAUGUCAACGUGAAAUGUGAUAUAAAGAUGGCGGGAGUCAAAACUAGUAUCUCUCAGCUUACCACGAAACUGUAAAUUAUGAAGAUCAUGUUUUACAUACUAGGCACCACCUCAUGUAAUCAGCUAUGGGAGUAAAACUGUAAAAAGUAAUUACUUCAUUGUUCGUUUUCUCUCUUGGUGGGUUUUAUUUAUUUUUAUUGGUUGGCACUUGGCAGGGGUUACAUUUGUGGUAUUUCUUUGGAGCACUAUGUGACUAUAUUGUAAAGUGGGUGAUUCAUUUAGUUUUAUUUACUUCCAAAGUUCUUUUUGGUUUAUUCACACUUGAUGGUAGAAAAUCCUACUUCAAUUGUAUAUUAAGAAGAUUCUUCCCAGAUAUAAAUAGUUGAAGGAGGUUGUAUUAUUUUUCAGCCACUUGGUGCCAUACCAUUUUUGUUCCUG